AUGGCUGUGCGGGUGGGCGGAGACUUGUUCACAGACUGGAGGGAUCGUCGGGCAGUGUUGCAUCUGCUGGAAAGCCUUGAGUCAGAUCAUGGAUGGCCGACGACAGAUGUCCGGACCAAGUUGUCGGAAAUCUGGGAUAGGUCUCCGUAG